AUGUCGCCAGCAACGAGCGCCGACCCGGAUGGCCUAGACCCUUCUUCCACCACGGCUGCGAUCCUCAAGGAGCGCCGCUUCAAGCUGAGCCGAGCAUGCGACCGAUGUCGUCGACGACGUAUAAAAUGCGAUGAAGGUCACCCAUGCCAGGCUUGCCUCGCUGCGAGCUCGUCAUGCACUUUUGAGGAACCAGGGAAGCGAACACACCCUCACAAAUCAAAACGGACCGCUACGCUCGAAGACCGUAUGCACCACCUCGAAACCCUCAUUCAAGCGAUUCCACCAGCAGUCUUUGCUGCUGGCAAUAUGGCUAACCCAUCGACGUUGCCAACAGGCGACAUGCCAGCCAGUCCCAUUGCACCAUUCAUGUACCCCAACUUCCCAAGUGGCAUACCGCCGCCGUCAUUACACGUCUUCCCUCUUACCAAUCCGUCAACCCAUUUCUCACCAAUCGAGCCGAAAGUGGAGGAGAACGUGCUUACCCCGCAUUCAGCCUCUGACCCCGCGGCUACCGAUCUGCUCACGGAGGAUACUGCCCGCCUCUCGCUCUCCGCAUCAUACCUCUACUUUGACGACGAGGGUUAUACACGAUGGCAAGGGGAAACCUCUGGUCUUCCCCUUCUCGAUUUGCUUGUCGAGCGACAUGAACCCUCUUCCGAUGCAGUACCGCCGUCAAUUCCUCCCUCUCAACAAGACUGGUUUCCCAAUCGCAUUCCUCGGCGUACGGAUGUAAACCCGCAGACUCUUUGGCGCUUGAUCACUUCAUAUAUCGCACCCGAGCUUAUGGACAGUCUGGUGCAGUGCUACCUUUCGACCUCAUACUAUAUCCUCCCUUUCCUGCACGUUCCGACUUUCCUCUCUGACUACGGCAAUCCAACGAAAUGGGGCGAGCCAGGGUUUGCAGCAUUCAUUGUUUCCAUUUGCUGCUUGGCCUCGCGGCAUAUGGACGACCCCCGCGUACGAGCAUCGCCCCAAGAUGGUAUCUCUGCGGGAACUCAAUGGUUCGAAUUACUUGGACGACUGAGAACACUCCCAAUCGCCGAUCGCCCAACCUUGUACACUAUUCAGGCUGAUCUUAUCGCCGCUGUCUAUGCAGUUGGUCUUGGUAAACUGUCAAAGGCUGCGGCUUUACUUUCCGAAGCCAUCACAAUCUCUAUCGACGCAGGACUCCACCGCAACGCCGACACUUACGACUUAUUCGAUCCUGUCGAGGAGGAGGUGAGGAAGCGCACUUUUUGGUGUGUAUACAUCUGGGACAAACAACUUGGCGCCCAUUUUGGCCGACCUCCUUUGCUCCGUCUGCGAGACUGUGAUGUUGAUGAGCCUCUUCCUGUUGACGACGAGUUUAUCUCUCGAGAAGGUGUCAAUGUGCCAGUUCUCCCUCCUGGAACCGCCAGCCGCAUGGCCGCUUUCGUAACGUCCCUCAGAAUCCUUGUUGUCUUGGAGCGGGUGCUUGAUGUGCCGCCUCCCAGAGAAAACAGCGGCUACUUGGCUCGCGUUGCUGCCUUGGGGGGGCUGCGUGGGUCGCGCAGGGAGAUGCAAGAGGAAGAGGCGCUUUUGGAUGAAGUCCACCUCUCCGUCCCGCCUUACUUUGGGCAUACCGCAGAAACUCUGGCGAGUGAAGACACGAUCCGUCUCACGCAGUCAGUGCGUCUACACUGUGCCGAGCAGUUUGUUAGACUGUUGAUCUAUCGACAUCGAUUCUCCGAACUUGUCGCUGAGCGAACGGCGCCAGCAGACCCUGCUUUGCGACCCCCGCAAAGCGAAAUCGAGAGGGACGCAAUGAUCAAAGCACAUCUCUCUGCGCUGCAAAUUGUCGCGUCUUAUCUGUUGGUUGCAAAAAAAGGUCUGAUGACCUAUUAUGGUGUCCAUGUCAUCCACCAAUUGACACAGGCUGGAAGAACACUUGUUGCGGUGCUUUUGAAUUGCAAAUCGGACUUACUGCAGCCGCUCAUUCCUCCGGGCCUCGACGCACUACGUUCCUGUGUUGGCCUUUUGCGGCGAUUCAGUGGGCGAUAUGUGUGUGGCCUGCGGUCAGGUGACCUGAUGGAGGAAUUUUGUCGAUUGACUCAAAUACCUCUCGAUACUCCUAGAGAGCCGGCGGAAUCCAACGCCAACUCUCGUCCACCGUGGAUUCGACCUGUUCGUAAAAAGUCGAUUGCUGCGGUGGCGAACGCGGCUGCCGUCCGGAGGUCAAGGAGCGAAGAGAGCCCGUCUCAUCAUAGCAGCGGAGAAAGCCCCGAGGCGUUUUCGCCAACAGAUUUCUUCACAGCGGAGGCUGCGCAGCCUCCCGAUUAUGCUCAGACGUUCCCGGAGAUGGAUGGUGCGGGCCUUGGCCUUGGUAGUCCGGGAGGAGACCCACGAAUGUACGUUGACGUGUUGGCGAUGUUCAACGACGGGGCGAGCGAUGUGGGUGGGGGGCUGAUGUUUGGUGCUCACGGUAGUCCAAUUUCUCACGACUUUGAUGUGCCGUUUGAGAGCAGCUUCAAGAUGGGUGGCCUUGUUGCGUCACCAUAG